AUGAUUAUCAGAUUUAGGAGCAAAGAUGGUGUUUUUAGAGUUUCAGCAGAGCCCUCCACAAAGUUUGGAGAUCUUAUACAACAAGUUUGUCCCAAAUUGUCAUCAAGUGUCAACUUGGAUACAAUCAAAGUCUCAUCUGAUCCAAGACAUACGGAUGAAAUAAGUGCAAGUGCGUAUCAUGAUAAGACCGCUGCAGAUUUGGGGUUGGAGAAUGGUGCAAUGUUGUUUCUUACGUAUGCAAACACAACUGCUGGAUCAGGCCAUGGUGUUCCAUCCACUCCAUUCUCAAAAGUCGCAGGUACCGGAACAAGCAUCAGUGGCAAAUCUGAUAAUACUUCCAUGAAAACAGUCCCAAUCAAUUCUACGAGAACUGUUAGCAAGCAACUAGAGAUAGAUGACGAAUUGGAUAAGGAUAAAGGCUUGAUAAAAAGGAAAAAGACACAAUUGUGUCGUCAUAACGAUAGGGGAAUGUGCGAGUAUUGCUCCCCACUUCCACCCUGGGAUAAAUCAUAUCAACAGGAACAUAAUAUUAAGCACAUCUCUUUCCAUGCAUAUGUGGACGAGAUGAAUGCGCAAAUCAAUAAAGAAGAAUCAUUAUCAUCGUACAUCACACCUCUACACGACUCGAACUUUGAAAUUGAUAGGCAUUGCACGAAUGGCCAUGAACCCUGGCCAAAGGGAAUAUGUUCUAAGUGUCAGCCCUCAGCAAUUUCUUUGCAGAUCCAGAAAUUCCGGAUGGUUGAUCAUGUCGAAUUUCAAGAUAGUGAAAUUGUGAACAACUUUAUAAAUGCCUGGCGUCUUUCUGGAAUGCAGCGUAUUGGCUUGAUGUUCGGUUCGUAUGCAAGAUAUGACAAAGUUCCUUUGGGAAUAAAAGCUAAAGUUCAAACUAUUUAUGAACUUCCACAAGUGGAUAGAGAAGAUGGUGUUAUGCUACAGAAAUGGGAUGAUGAGGAUAAAGUAUUGAAACUAGCCAGUGAAUUAAAUUUGGUUCCUGUUGGUAUUAUCUUCACAGACCUAAUGGAUGCCGGAAAAGGUGACGGCUCGGUUAUAUGCAAAAGACAUAAAUCGUCUUUCUUUCUUUCGUCGUUAGAACUAAUAUUUGCCGUCAAAUGGCAGCUUAAGUUCCCAAACAUAUGCCAUUGGUCUUCAUCUGGAAAGUUCUCGUCAAAGUUCGUUACAUGUGUGAUAUCCGGAAAUCCAAGUGGCGAAAUAGACAUGGAAGCUUAUCAGGCUUCUGAGAGUGCUGAGGGUUUAGUGAAAGCAGAUCUCAUCUCGCCAUCGACACAUCCUAGUCAGGUGUUUGUUAAUGAGCAGAAUGAUAAGCGUUAUGUUCCCGACAUUAUGUACAACAUGGUGAACGAAUAUGGACUAGAAGUGAAAAAGAAUGGUAAGCCAACUUUCCCUGUGGAAUAUUUGUUGGUUUCAUUGACUCAUGGAUUCCCUGAAAAGUCUUCACCAUUCUUCAAAGACACAGAAAAGUUCCCUAUCGAGAAUCGUAAUUAUAUCGAUGAAGUUCCUACAAUGUCAGAUAUUAAGGAGCAUUUCAAUAUUCCAAACGAUCCUGCCGUGUUCAUUUCCAGACUUAGCAAUUUCCAUCUUCUCAAUUACAUUCUUGAUAAUUUGCAGGUUCUUGGAGCAAAGGACAGAGAGUUGAUCUUGAAAAUUGUGAAAGAACUAGGAGAUGGAGAGUCCGAAAAAAGUAAAACCGAUGCCUUUGCUUUGCUAGAAUCCCCAGGUUGGAAAUCUUUAAAGAUGAUUGUCGAUAUGGGUUAUUAA